CCCUCGUGUUUCUGGAGCAUGUUGUGGGGGCGCUCCUACUAGCGGUGCCGUUACCACGACUGGAGGAACCGCUGGCACGAGAGGUUCUCGGGCGGGGUACACGUCCCCUUCCACCAGAAACAUUCCACCGACAUUUUUCUGGAACUCGUAGCCUUGCUCUUCAACGCGUCCGAUGCUCCACUCAGUGCCGAAUGGCCCGUAUUCUGGAAUGUAGGGCGUCACCGGGGGCAGAACGUCAGCAGCCGGGCCAGGAGGUUCCCGAUACAGUGAAGGUCACCGUUACAAACCAGUGGUCCUCGACUACAAGGCGUCCAUCUAUUACGGUUUCGCUGAGAAGAAGCGACGGAGCGCAAAGCGACGUCUGCUCAUUGCCAGCAUGCCGUUACUCGUGGCGCCAUUGCUGGGACUUCUUAUGAGUCCCCUCAGCAUUCCCAUCAUGGCAGGAGGAAGAAGAAGGCGGCGAAGAGAUGCCUCCUCUCCUCUUCAAUUUGUGUCUCAACUUCGCGAAGCUGAGCUUACAGCUGCCUUGCUAGAGCGGCUUCAGCUGAGUGAAAGACAGAGGGACCGGGCCGUCGCUCAGUACCUGCUCUGCGGCGGAUUCCUGGGCCAAGAUAACAGAUGCGUGGAAAGACUCGCUUGCGAGCUUGCGGCUCGGGAACAUGAGACUGAUGACUUCGAUGAUCCUGAGAGCCAACUCAGUGGCAUGCUCUUAGCUCACGUCAUUCGGAAUCCAUUUGUGCCUGAGACAUUCAAGAAGAGGCUCGACCACGCCACUUACACGGGGAGAAGAACUUCAAGCUGCCAUUAUGUCUGCCCUUCGGAAUAAAGACCUUCACGGACAAU